ACUGCCCUGUCUUGCAGGCCUGACAAGGGGCUCAGGCUGGCCCCCGUGUCCCCCGCCCACGCCACGCUGCUCAACGACACCUGGAAGUUUGGGGGGAACAGCUGGAGCCUGCGGUACCUGUGCCUCCUGAUCCGCCACUUCCCCAGCGCCUGCCUGCUGGGCCCUGAGGGGACCCCCAUCUCCUGGUGCCUCACCGACCCAGUGGCUGCCCUGACGCACGGUUACACCCUCCCGGAGCAUCGCGGCCAGCACCACAUGAGGUCCGUGGUGGGGACGCUGGCGGCACAGUUGCAUGCCCGCGGAUUCCCUGUUUACACCGGGGUGCUCCCCCACAAUGAGCCUUCGCUGCACAUCCUGCAACGCCUCGGCUUCCGCAUCCUGCCUGGGGUGAUCUACCUGCUGAUGGUGAGGCCUGGGUUCACCUAGUCCCAGUCAGCCAGUGCCAUGGACUCGGCCCAGGACCCUGCGCCCAGCUCUGGGGAAUGGCCACACACACAUAGCACAUAGAACGGGGGGAGGGGAGAGGAGGAGAAGGGGACAUGGCCUAGGGUCCUGCGCACAGCUCUGGGGGACAGCCAUGGUCUGCCAGCACGUAGCCCUUGGGGAGGGGAUGAGACAGCCCAGCCAUGCCCAGGGACCUGCCACCCCUGAGAAGGGGACACAUUGACCAGCCACCAGGGAGCUCAGCUGUCAGCCCUUGGGAAGCCGGGGCUGGUAGAGGAGACUAGCUCAUGCUCCAUUAUGCCCUGGAGCAGGGCAGAGGCUCAGUAGGGGGCGCUCUCCCCGGAAGUCAGUGCUGGCCCCAAAGAGAGCAGGGUGAGGGCUCAGCAGGGGGCGCUCUCCCACUCCCUUUCCCAGGCAGUUUGUUGCUUGGCUGGGGCUUGUCUGGGGCUGUGGUCACAGGUCCCCUUUCCAUGAGCUGUUCCUGGUCUUCCCAGCGCUUUGGUUCAAGCUCCCUUGGGCUCCGACCACAGGUCCCAGCUGCGGCCCACCCCUUACCUCACCUGUGGUGAUAGGGGGAAGGUGCUGGCCUUGCACGGUUGCUCCAGGGCCAGCAGGCAGCUGGAAAGCCAGGCCAGGGCUUGUGUUGAUGAUGGUGCACUACACGCGGGAGGAGAGCGGCCAUAGGACCCCACC